AUGAAACCUGCGAAAUACUACCAGGGACUCCUCCCGUUGUUGAAGAAUUACAUGCUAGAGCUAGCAAAAGGGGUGGAAAUCUCAGCAACUCUAGUCUACGAAAAGCUGGAGAAACAUUGUAAAAGAUGCUUACGGUUGGACCAUGAAGAGGAAGAUUGCCCUGAGCUAAGGAAGGAACGAGAAGAGAGGACGCAAGAAGCUAAACAAAACUUUUCUCCCCCCAGGGCGGAGAUUGGUACCAAAGCACCUGCAAGAGUAGGAAGCGCAGAGGAAAAAGGAAGGCUUGAGAGAUCUCGAAACUAUUCUCAUAACGAUGGAAAAGAGAGAUACCUAGACAGAGGACAAAGGACAGAGAGAACAUGGGACUCAGACAGACUCUCCAGAGACUCUCUGAGAAGGAGAGAGCAAGAUUCCUUCCAUUCCAGACCCUACCAAGUUGGAAACCGCAGAGAGGAACGAUGGGUAGAAACGGGACGCCGAAUCCAGACAUCCUCUCGAUCAAAGGAGAGAGAAAACUCGAGGUUUGAUAGAAGCCCAUCUCACAGGAGGUUGAGGGAUGAGGAACGUUCUCCACAGAUAUCAUCCCGACAUAGAGAAUCUCAAAUCUCUACAGGCUCGCAUAGAGUGGAGGGAGAGCGAGCUGAUAAUCUAAGUGCCCCACAUGAUGCCAUCCCAGCAGAGGUAAUGGCUGAAGCCAGAGAGGAGCUAAGAGAAGUCUUGAUUCAGUAUACCUCUUGCGCCGACCCCUCUGAGAGUGCAACACGUAAGGAAAGGCUGAGAAGAGCUGAAGAACAAGGGGAAGUAGAUGAAUCUGCUGAACAAAUCGCAAGACAGUUGAUGCGAGAUCAAGAGGCCCCGCAGAUGCCAUCUAACCAGAUACAAGUAGCAGCUAGAGUUCCAGCGUCUCAGCGCCUUGGAGGUGGUAGCUCAAUUGAGACUCCUUUGGAUGGACUAAAUGACCAGCUUCGUGUCUCAGCAAAAAAGAGACUAGGACGCCCCCCCAACAAAGAAAACCUAGGGUAA